AAGGCUAUGUAUUUUCGCUUAAGUCUGUGUCGAGAAGAGCAAUCUUAAUUUUUAGAAGUAGUGAUUACUCUUUAGGGAUGAUCGCAUUAAUUACAACGAUCCUCGGAUUUAGUAGGAUACAUAUUAUCGCAGAAGAGAAUAGCCAAGUGUAUUCAUCAUUGACAUUUAUUUGCGUGGACGGCACCGUAAUGCCAUUAACGAACGUUUGCGAUGGUAUCCCUCAUUGUCCGGACUCGUCAGACGAAGUCGGAACACUUUGCCGUCAUGUUGUGUGUCCCACUUAUAUGUACAAAUGCAAUUACGGUGCCUGCGUGAGUCGUAUUGCACGAUGCAAUGGUCUGGUAGAUUGUAUAGACGCUAGUGAUGAAAUCGCUUGUGACCGAAGCGUCGAUGAUAUUUGUUCCGACAGAGAUUUCCAAUGUUCUACUGUUUAUCAAGAGUGCAUACCUUUCGCCGAGGUGUGCAAUGGCUACAAAGAUUGUUCAGAUGGGAGCGAUGAGAAUGAGACAUUCUGUCGCGAAUAUGCAUGUCCUGAGCAUACGUUCCGUUGUUCGUAUGGAGGUUGCGUUCAUCAGGAAGUGGUUUGCGACGGCGUGAAGGAUUGCGUCGAUGGCACCGACGAAGACUCGAGCAUGUGCACGGCUGUCAAUUGUGAAGAUCACGAAUGUUCGCAAUGCCGAGAUCAAGAAUUUACAUGCGAGAAUAGACGGCAGUGUCUACCGAUGACUAAAGUGUGCGAUGGUACUCGACACUGCGCAGAUGCGUCUGAUGAAAGUGCAAAACUGUGCGAAGCACGUGAAUGUCCUGAAAAUUGGUUUCGUUGCGCUUACGGCGGAUGCAUUCGGUCGGAGUUGAAGUGUAAUUCUCAACUUAAUUGUCACGACUGGAGCGACGAGGAUGAGUCGUUAUGCGGGAUAACGUUGCCCGAAGGUGCCUGUCGAUUGCCCGCCGCAAAAGCGGGGACCCAUUACAAUGUAAGCGGAUGCUCUAGAUGUCGACCGGGAGAAGUCGUUCCCGAGCUCACUCGCCUUGACUAUGUCUGCGACGUCGAAGGCUCCUUGCAAGGUGCCAGUGAAAUUUACUGUCAAAAUAACCGAUGGUUUCCCAAUGUUCCGAGUUGUACCUUCAAAAAUGAGACGGAAGGAAUAACGUGUCCAGCGCCGUUUGGGGCGCAUCAUGCGAUUAGACAAUGUGAGGCGAUGUGGGGUCCUCACAAAGGGUGGUUGUCUUGUGACCAGGCCCUCCCAGUCGGCACGAGAGUUUUUCUUGAUUGUCCAGCAUUUUAUGAGCGUCACAAAGGAUCUUCCAGUGUCAUGUGCCUUCACGAUGGCACGUGGAGCCAAUCACUUUUGAGUUGUACUCCUGUCUGUGGGAUGAGAGACUCCACAGGUUCGACAGCGGCAGCACUAAUUGUAAAGGGUUGGAGCGUUGAAAAGGAAGAGACACUACCGUGGCAAGCCACUCUUUUCUCGCACGAGGAUGGUCAGUGGAGUUUCUUUUGCGGCGGCACGUUGAUAGCAGAACGCGUUGUGUUAACUGCAGGUCAUUGCGUUUGGAAGACUGCUGCAGAUACGAUACGUGUCGCUUUCGGGAUUCUCUCGAGUGACUUAAAUCAAAUAGGGGAAAACGCGCAAGUGAUCGACGUGGAAAGCAUCGAGUUGCAGAACGCGUAUCAAGAUCACGAAAGUAACUAUGGCUCGGAUAUCGCGUUGCUGAUUUUGAAAAAAGCUGUGAUUAUUAAUACGGUUGUUGGACCAGUUUGCAUUCCUCGGAAUUCCGAUGCGAUAUUACUAGAAUAUCAACGAAACAGUGGGUUUGGAUUAGUUGCCGGCAUGGGGUUAACGGAGAACGACACAUUUAGUUCAGUCUUGAGGGUAACUACAGUAAAAAUCAUUUCCGACGAUGAGUGUCGUAAAAACCAAAAUAGAGAUUUCCGAAAAUAUUUGACUUACACUUCCUUUUGCGCCGGAUGGGCGAAUGGUACUGGAGUAUGCAAUGGAGAUAGCGGUGGAGGUUUGGUGCUUCAGCGACCGAAUUCCAGUGUCUGGGAAAUUCACGGAGUCGUUUCUGUGAGCCCACGAAAACUGGGUACCAAUGUAUGUGAUCCGAAUUUCUAUGCUGUUUUCACAAAGGUUUCUAUGUACGUCAAUUGGAUUCAUAAAAUUAUUGAGAGCAUACCUAUAAUCGGCUUACCUGAUUUUGAUCAACAUCCAAAUAGAGAUAACAUCGUAGUUUAAGCGAUCAUAAACUAAAUUGAUUCCAAUUAUUAAUACAUAUUUA